AUGGCUAUGCAGGCUGCGUCGGGCUCGGCAACCUCACAUGACAUUGAACAUUGCAUCGUAUCUCGUUCACAAAGCACCCACCUGAACCCCAACCUGACCGGCACGACACGUAAACCAACCCCGGAUACCCGCCGGAAGAUACCUCUCAGCUCUCUCACCGCUCUACCUCUAGUAAGCAGUGUCCAGGCUCAUGCUGUCCCAAAGAAGAAGUCCAGGGUCUGGAGACCCAGUUUGUUGGAAAGGAGCCAAUAUUUCAAGGCUAAUUCUCCCAGUAUUUUGGAGAUCCAGGAGGAUAAUUUAUCCUGUCCGAACAGUCCGGCACCGACCGUGCUGUCAGAGAAGUCUGCCUUGUUAAGUGUGACCGAAGAGGACAAUCACUACAAAAUAUUUAACGUCAGCGGAACACUCUUCGUGAUCGAUACAACCAUCUUCCAGGACUACCCCGACACACUUCUAGGUUCGGAGAGACUGGAAAAGUUCUACAACAAGACGAGAGGGGAGUAUUUCGUGGAACACUACAAGCACAUGUUCCCGGUAAUCACCCGGUUCUACACCCACCAGGAGGAACUCGUGUGUCCUCACUGCAUGACCAAGCAGAUGUUUGAGAGUUGCCUAGAGUUCUACGGGUUGCUUCCCUAUUAUCUAGGUCUCAAAAGUAAUUUGAAAGAGAUGAGGGGAGAGUUAGAAGCGGAUGGUUUGAAGGAGGCGAUAUAUUACACUGUGAUAAAUCCGGACUUCAGUCGAAUAGCACUUGUAUACACAAUAGUUGACGUCUUGGUGAUCGUGUGCAGUACAGUUGUUUUGAUCCUAGAAACUGUCAAGGAGGUUGCUGAUAAUCACUAUUUCACUCGGGGAGCUUACAUUGUGGAGGCUGGAGUCAACAUACUUUUUACAAUCCAAGCCAUUUUACUGCUAGUUGUCUAUCCUUCCAUAAAACUCUACUUCACUAGUUUAAUGAACUGGAUUGACAUUUUCUCUGUGCUUCCAUUCUACAUCAGACUUAUGGCUGGAUCCUACUUCAGCAAGGCUGGAUCCGCAUUCCGAGUGUUGAGGCUAGUCAGACUAUUCCGGGUGAUGAAACUGUUCCGACGUUCCCUGGGAGGCCAGGUUUUGAUCUCGUUUCUUUACUCCAGUAUCCCUGAGAUCCUCCUCCUCUUGUUGAUGUGGGGCAUUGCCAUUCUCCUCUUUGGACCCAUGAUGUUCUUCAUUGAGCACGAACACGGAAAUGAUAGUUUCGACUCUGCUUUCUCUGGAAUGUGGUUUUGCGUUGCAACCAUAGGAACAGUUGGUUAUGGGGAUCUUUAUCCCAAGACUGAUCUAGGAAAGUUUCUUGCUGCCGUGUACACGAUCACAAAUCUGACAGUGAUGACAAUACCAGUAUCAAUAAUCAUCACCAAGUACAGCAGGGCUAUGAGGAUGUCCAACCACAGAAGAUAG